AAACCUUCAAGUUUCCUGCUAGCAGUUUAGAGAUUGGGCUGUUUCCUCACUUACCCCUGUCUCUUCACGCUUGUAUAAUUUUAUUCUCUCAACUGAAUGUGAAAGAUAUUAGAUGAAGAUGACUGACAAUGUUACUUAUUCCAUAAUAAAGUCUUCUGCUGCACGCCAAGCUCUGAAGGACGACCGAUGGCAGCAAGAAGCUUCUUCCUCGAGAUCCCCUCGCUCUUACCAUGUGGCGAUAGCUUUGGGGCUUCUGUCCACCAUUCUAGCAAGUAUGCUGCUAUUGCAGUGGAUUCUGUACCGGGGUUCCAAGUGUGCCGGCUGUCCUCACUGCCCAGACCUCUGGAUGGGGUAUGGUGACCACUGUUAUUACUUUUCAGUGGAAAAAAAGAGCUGGAAUUCUAGCCUCGAAUUCUGCUUAGCCAAAGACGCGCAUCUCCUUAUGUUUAAAGACAGCAAGGAAAUGGAGCAGGUUAGUGGAGAACCACAUCUCUUGGGCUCCUCCUUUGUUGCUCCCUGGGUGGAGCCGACCUCCUUCCUGGGCAUUGCAGGGAGCAAGACGUGCCAGAUCCAGCUCCAAAAUCUCCUCAGUCAGGAAUUUUACUGGAUUGGUCUGAGAAACAGUUCUGGCUGGAGGUGGGAAGAUGGAUCAGCCUUAAACAUCUCAAGAAUUGCUUCAAACAGCUUGGUACAGAAUUGUGGUACCAUCAGCAAAGGUGGUCUCCUGGCCUCUAGCUGUGAGGUUGAUUUUCCAUGGGUCUGUAAGAAGGUCAGACGUUGAUGAAUGUUCUGUCUGUCCUGUGGCCCUAAAAAGAGGGAGAGGAGCUCUCGUGAGUACACCUUUAGUGAGUGCUGCCCUUCUAGCACAUAAGUUAGAUGUGGGGUCAACGCCGCCUCCCUGGGAUUGAUGGCUUCUUGCUGGACUCUCUUUGAGAGAACUUAGAUGUUAUCUUAACACUUUAAAGAGUGCAGGCAAAUUUGUGAAAUAGAUAAGGUUUGUUUUUAGUAUCCCUCUCUCUAGUGACUAAGGUUGUUGGCUUAGUCAUCCCCAUCAUCUUUGUCAAAAAUGUGCCUUUAAAAUGUUAUAUUCUGAGCUGAGCUGAUGAAAUCUGUGCAAAUAUGUACUAUUGCCAGUGUAUUACAGGGUUUUUCUGUGUGCUAGUGGGUUGACAUGCUACUGCUCCCCAAUAAUAUACUUUUAUCCUAACAGUGCCUCUUUGCAGGUAAAACCUGAAAUAAGUUGUGGAAGGUGAAUGAGAGAGAGCAGGGUGGUGCUUUGUGUCUCAGCUCUUCACACUUCUGUAAAGAACUGGCCUUGACUGAAUUUAGUUUUUUCGAAAAUGCAUAGUUGUGGUUGAAUAACCAGUGUGUGACUGUAUUUUCCUUGUUAUGACUGUGAUUUGCACAUUAAUUUCACCAUGUGAAAUGUGGGCAUUCUGGUAAAGGCAUUAUUAUAGAGGAAAAUUUACAGAAGCAGUUUAUGUGGAUUGAUCUCCCAAUUAUUUUUGGCACAAAUGACUAAAAAAUAAGAAAAACAUUAUUUAUCCUUAGUAGGGUUGGGCAUAGAUGAGAAAGCAAGGUGUUAUUUAGUGAUAGAGGAGGGAUUAGUAGGACAUAAUGAUAAAUAAAAUUAAAGGGAAAGAAGGCACAGCAUUGUCAAUAGAAUCUUAGAAAUAAAACCACUGCUUAUUGUAGGUCAAUAAAGCAAAGAGAAAGAAAAGAUACAGGAGGGAAUGAUGAGGAGAUUGUAAUUCUGUACUGUUGAUGACUAUGGAUUGUGGUGUUUACUUAAAUUUCCCUUUUGUAUUAUUUUUAGGACAAAGACUGUAUCUAAUCCACCCUUGUAUCUCGAACACCUAAAAUAGUGCUUGCUUGUAUCAGUGAAUAUUCAAUGCUUGAAUAAAAAAAAAAUGGAAUUUAAAA